AUUUAGAUAUAUAAGUUGAUAUUGGCAUCUGAUCUUGCUCUAUUAAGAUCUUGGUGAGUAGAUCGAUCGAUCGUUGUAUAGGUAAUAUUUCCCUUUCGGAACUGAAAAUAUCAUAUUGAGUAUGUAUGUAGGAACAUUAAACAAUAAACCUCGACUGCCAUGUAGAUGGAUGUUAGAUACCCCUCACAGUGUGAUUUACACCCUCUAACGUACCUAAACUUCCCUGCUGCCUCAACAUGCGAAAGUACCUACCUCCUAACUUAAACACAUUUGAAACGCCUUUACAUAGUAAGUACGCCCUAAGAUGCAGGUACAGCUUUGACCACUUCGUAAAUUCCCCAAAAACAUUUAUUGUUAGAUCUAUUACACGUGACAACGAGCUUCUUUCGCGUUUCGACACGCUUUUAGCCUCACGCUUCUUGCAUCAUCUUCACCCCCACUACUUACUAUCUAUAAGGUAUAUGGCAUAUACAACCACUUCAACUCUAUCGUGUGGGUGAAUUGAGAUCAGUAGCCCAGUGUUAAGCCGACUAUGUGGCUCCUAGAAAACGAGGGCGAAGCCCUCGAUGGUAAACGGCUUUGGCUGCGACCAGGAAAGCGGUAUCUCUUUGGCCGAACAGUCGCUGAACCCGGACAGCUUGCCAUCAGGGGAGAAGGAGCAGAAAGAGUAUCGCGGAAGCAUGUCACUAUACAAGUCGACGAAGUAACCGAGGGAGAUGGGGAAAAUGUGUCGAGUCGUUCACGCAUCACAGUAGAAGACCUAGGAUCUAAGGGUGGAACGCGAAUAAAUGACGAAAAGAUAAAAGGCGAAAAGCGCGUUCUUUCCCGGGAUGUCAAUACCCUCCAAAUGGGCACGUUCCCGCCUAAAUUCCGCAUUACUUGGUUUCCUGUAGUCCUGAGCUUCUCCUUCACUGCAAAUCAACUCCGAGCGGACCCUCUAUCUAAGCUUCGAGAAGACCUAGAACAACUUGAUGUCAAGUUUCUUGCUCACUAUGACGUCCAGUCGACGACCCACGUUGUAUCGAAAAAGAGGAAUGUGCCAAAGGGCCUACAAGCCCUAGUAAACGGUCGAUACCUUGUUACCGAAGGAUUCUACGGUGCUAUUAUCACUGCUGCGAUGCCUGGAAAUGACAGCGAUAGUGCAACAGCGAGUGCGUUAGAAAGCGAUUUCGACGCAAACUGGCCAGAUGCUAUGCAAUAUGUCCCGCCUCCAGGAGACGAAGCAGUGCCAAGACCGGUCGAAGCGUUUGCCCCCAAUCCUGAUCGUGCUGAGAUAUUCUAUGGUUAUACAUUCAUAUUUUACAAUAGGAAGCAAUACGAUAACCUUCUAGAACCUAUAACAAAUGGGAGGGGCAAGGCACUAUUUAACGAAGUAGUCGAAGGAGUAACACAGAUAGACGACUUCAUUAGGUAUGUCAAAGGAGUAGCAGGAGAGAAGGGCAUGGGAGAGUUCGAAGAUGGAAGCGAGGGCAAAGGCGUUGUCGUAGUCAGAUGGAUUCCCAGUCCUCCUCAGAAUGCCGACUGGUUCGCCGAUUUCUACAGAUCAGUCUCUCUAAGACUAGAUCAUCGACUUAUCGAUCAGAAAGAUUUCCUUGAUGCGAUCCUUAAUAAUGAUGCCAGUGUUCUACGGCGGCCCCUCGAAGCCGAAGCGGAGCCGCAGACGUCACAAGUUGAACCGCAGCGCUCGAAUGGACAUGCCAUGGAUGUGGACGAAGACGAGCCUCCAGCCCAGCCGCAAAAACAGCCCCUUCGAAGGCGGGCGAGAGGGGCCGUGAAAAGUCGUUUCAAGGGGUUUGGUGUAGAUUUAGAGGAUGAUGAUACACCGGAAGUCAUUCCGACUGCCUCGACGCCUUCAGCAGAAGACGUUGAACCGUCACAAGAAGGUCUUUUCGUAUCACAAGAUGUUGCUUCACAAGAAACAGAACAGGCGGUUCGUUCAGGCCGACAGUCGCAACGAAAGCGCCGUACCCCACCAGUCGAGCCCCAAGACACGAUGGAUGAUUUCGCACCUACGGCUGCUCAGGUAAAGCGCCGUCGCAUCGCUGCAGGAGAAGAUCCGGUUCCUCGCAAGCCAACACCGGAAGAACCCGUGAUAGAAUCGCAGAAGCUCGAGGUCAGGGCACCAAAGAUCAAGAAAGAGAUAGAUAUCCUUGACAUGGCACGACAGCACAGAGAGGAGGCUGAAGCUCGUGCAAAGGCAGAGAGGGAAGAACUCGCCACGGCACCAGAGGGCCUUGACCUGGCAGAGAUCCGGCGCUUGCAUAUUGAGGAGCCUAUGGAACUGCGGCAAGUACCGCCUACACGAACCAGGGAUCAAGACAUAGCCGAUGGUCGCUGGGAUCCCGCAUGGAACGGGCGGAAGAAUUUCAAGAAAUUCCAGUCUCGGGUAGGUCCCCGAGGGCGGGCGCCACAGAGGGUUAUUGUAGCACUUGAAGAAGUCAAGUCAAAAGGUUUUGGCAUCGGUGAUGACUAUUGGCUUGAAGACGAAAGCCAGCAGCGGAGACGGAAGAAGCAAAGCCAAACACAUAGUCAGAGUCAAAGUACGGGCGAGAGAGAGGAGCGACAGACCAUUAAUGCACCGGCAAAGAAAGCUAGAAACCAGAGACAGAAGCUAUCUACGGAGGUUCUCCCCCCAGUGGACAGUAGUGAAGAUGAGGACUACGGCAUGGACGGCAUGGACGGCGAAAGUGAGGAUGCUGUCAUCGCCCCUCCGUCGAGGACACGCACGAGUAGGGUGUCGCAACAGACCUCGCAGUCGCAAUCGCUUAGAUCAACGCCACAGAGCACAGCUCAGAAGACGCAAUCAUCGAGAGCAUCUAAGCGUGCAGCUCCACCUCCAGCCAAAGAGCAACCAGCGAAGAGGUCUCGAAUAGGAUUCGUUGCCGCCAGUGAUGACGAGAGCGAUGACGGAUUACGGUUCAGGUUUGGGAAGAGAUGAAGGGAUCUUUAAGCUUUUAAGUGCUAUUUCUCUACUCCUAGAUGGCAUUGUCUCUAUAAAGGGGGUAUCUCGCUUAUAUACCUAAUUUUACCAUGUGCUAAGCAUAAUAUACCGGAGCCGCCCGACCUGACCCGACCCGACUCGAUGCGAAG